AUGCCUGAGCCGAAAGCCGCACCUGCCCCCAAAAAGGGCUCUAAAAAAGCAGUUUCUAAGAGUCAAAUGAAGGGAGGAAAGAAACGCAGAAAGUCCAGGAAGGAAAGUUAUUCCAUACAUGUGUACAAGGUACUGAAACAAGUUCACCCCGAUACGGGCAUUUCUUCUAAGGCGAUGGGAAUCCUGAACUCGUUUGUGAAUGAUAUUUUUGAGCGCAUAGCCGGAGAGGCUUCUCGUCUAGCGCACUACAACAAGCGCUCGACCAUUUCUUCCCGGGAGAUCCAAACUGCUGUGAGGCUUCUGCUACCAGGAGAACUUGCUAAACACGCUGUGUCCGAGGGCACCAAGGCGGUCACUAAGUAUACCAGCUCCAAGUAAAUAUCUCAACUAAU